AUGAACAAGAUUAUCUUCUACGAGGACAGAAACUUCCAGGGUCGGUCUUACGAGACCAGCAAUGACUGCCCUGAGCUCAACUCAUAUUUGAGCCGCUGCAGCUCUUGCCGAGUGGAGAGCGGCUGCUUCAUGGUAUACGAUCGCUCCAAUUUCAUGGGAAACCAGUAUUUUGUGCGUAGAGGCGAGUAUUCUGACUGCAAACGACUGGGCUUGAGCGACUCCAUUAGAUCCUCCCGUAUCAUCCCUCAGCACAGAGGACCCUUCAGGAUGAGGAUCUACGAGAGAGAGAACUUUGGUGGUAUGAUGCACGAGCUCACGGAUGACUGCGAGUCCAUGACGGAUCGUUACCGUUUGUCUGAGAUGCGGUCCUGUCAUGUGAUGGAUGGCCACUGGCUGCUUUAUGAGCAGCCAAACUACAGAGGCAGGAUGAUGUACCUGAGACCUGGAGAGUACAGGAGCUUCAGAGACAUGGGCCUCAGCUUCAGAUUCAGCUCCAUGCGCAGAAUCAUGGACCCCUGCAAUUAA